UAUGUUCUUGAAAACUCUGACCAGACACCAGUUUUAAAGUUAUCUGGCUUGAUAUCAGGUCGUUAUUUAUUUCGUCUAACAGUAUCGGAUUUGCAAGGUGCCUCCUCAUCAGACACUGCUUCUCUUAUUGUAAAACCACCUAAAACACUCAUUGAUCAAGUUGAAAUCAUUGUUAAUGCUGAUAUCAAAAGUUUCACUCAAGAGCAAGAGGACACUCUAUUGCGUCAACUAGAAAUUUUGCUUCAUGAUGGAGAACCAGCAAAAGUCAAUUUAAUCAAACUAGACUCCGAUCGACAUACUCGGAGGGUAAUAUUGUUAUUCACUGCAGAAAGAGUUUCAAAUUUUAAUGCUGGCCUGAUAUCGGGCAUUGAUGUUGUGUCUCGUCUAAAAAAGAAGCUUCGUACUGACAGCUCUCUCCUUGAUGUGGAAGUUCUAUCAGUUGAUACAGUUGUGUGCCAAAAUAAUUGCUCUGGGCAUGGUACAUGUGAUCAGUAUACUAAGCACUGCGUCUGUGAAGCUUUCUGGAUGCAAGAUGUAUUCCGUUACAACUUGGGUGAUGAAGAAAGCAAUUGUGACUGGAGUAUUCUGUAUGUCAUUAUUAUAUCAUUUAUUAUUGUUCUGGCUUUGGCUGGAAUAGUUUGGGGUAUUGCUUGUUGCUGCACAAGAAUGCGAUUUCGCAGGCCUAAAAAGCGACAUAGAUAUACUCUGUUACAAGAUUUUUGUGAGAGAGAGAGGGAAAAAUUCUUUCCCAAAAACAAGAACCAAAAAAGCAGUUUAAUGAUGUCAGACACAGAAUCAGAUGCUAUUUUCGAGUCACAGAGUGUGCCAUUAACUAUAAAAACGAAUGGGAUGAUACCUAAUGGAGUAAACAGAGGUGCUCAUAACAUACCAGCAUAACAAAGUGUGACCUUGUUAGAAUCAUAAUCAUGGUGCAUUUUUAAAUCAGUACGAGGAAAUGCAUCUCGAGUCUUGGAUUGAAAGUGGUUUUCAUACAUGUACUUAUGUGUUAUGUAUGCCUAAAUAUAAACAAAUUUUUAAACUUGAAUACUCUGCACUGCUGUAAAAUCUGUAAAAAUUAGAAUGUUUUGAAAUAUUUGUUCAGAUAUUGAAAUGCUUCUGUGAUUGAUAACUAGUGAAAUGAUGGUUGUUAACUUGCUGUGUUUGUUUACUUGAAAAAGUAUGAAAAAUUAUUUAAUGUAAUUACAGAUGAAAUAUAUCUAUGAUGAAACAAAAGUAUAUUUAAAAGACAAUUAUACAAUGUUAUGAUUAUUUUGAUGGCACUAAAUAAUCCCGUAUUGUAGUGUUUGUGCUGUUUCAUUAUUAAUAUUAUUAAGGAUUUGCAUGGCACUCAAAUUCCUUAUAUGCAUAUUUAUUUGUGUUUAAAAAUCUCCAGGGGGGAGGUGAGUAAUGUAACUUAUCAAAUCACAUAAUGCAAGCUCUAUUCACAUAAUUUAUAUAUUAUUUAUCUGGUUGAUUCUUUUCAUUUCAAGCUUGGAUGAACACAUCAUAUCCUGCUUUGCAUUAACCCUCAUCCGUCUCCUGCAUUUCAAUAAGAACAAAGUUUUUAAGCCUUUGUGAUUUUUCACAUGCAGUGUUUUAACUACCGUUUUCCCCACGUUGAUGGGAAGAAAUGGAAAAUGUACUUACAAUUGUAAAAAGUUUUAUGUUUUGAUUUUUUCUUUACAAUAUAUAUUUUCCUCAUGUCGUCUCAUAAGAAAUAAAAUCUUGUUUCAUACAUGACUUAAAGAUCAAAUAAUUUUUAUCAAUUAAAUUACUAGAAAGAUAUUUUUCAUUUCAGUACUCAAGAAAAAAUUUCUGCAAACUUGACUAGUUAUGAAGGUUUUAAAUAAAGCUGAAUAAUUGAUUAAGAAUAAAUGUGAGAGUUACUUCUCAGACUAGGUUGUUGAUGUGAGGUGAAAUUGAUGUCUUUCAAUAACAGUUUUAGAAACAUUUAAAUGUAGGGUAUUGAUGAUAAUAGCUUUGUAAAUAUUUAUGAAUUAAACUAAAUAAACAAAAAAAAUUAAUACAUAGGUGCUUACUUGGAGAUCGUGUCAUAGGGCUGUAUUCAUCUCCCAGGUCUCUUGUGUAUCAGCGUUAAGACAUCUGUCAAUCACGUAGAUAGAAAUGUAAAUCCUUUAGUUUGCCAUGGAUGCAUAUAAACAUAUUAUGAUUCAUGUUUAGUUCUAGAUUUCGAUUUUUCUUGAUUUUGUUUGGAAUUCCAGUAAAUGACCGCAGUAGUUCAGACAAUGUAUAAAGAGGCUAUGGUAUCAGGGAUAGCAGCUUGUUGAUGGGUUACAAAUAUUGAAGUUUUGAAAGAUUGCUAACAGGAAAAAAUUCUAACUGAAGUAAACGUAUGGUAACAUUUUUCCUCAUAUUGGAAUGCCUGCAUCAGAAAUAAGCCCAAUAUUCAGUGAAAUUAAUUCAAUGAUUUUAUGAUAUGUGAUAAAUACAAAAGCAAUAAUAUUAUUUUAAGGAUAAUAUAAUUGUUUCAAAUGGAAUAUGAAUGACUUAUAGGAGUAAUAAUAAGGCUUGGUUAUGUUUCUAUGGGAUAUUGCUGUAUUCUUUUAAUAGAUCUUGAUCACUUACUGAAUAUGACCUCAGUCUGAUGUAAAAUAAAAGUAAGUAAAUAAAUAUAUUGAAGCAUGGAAGUACUAUGUAUUGGCAUUCUACAUCUAAUAUAAAGUUGACAUUUCGAAAAAGUUCACAUGGCUUGAAAUUAAUAGAAAAGUGCGUUAUUACAAAAAGCAUUUUUACUACUACAUGUUAUUAUAAACACUGUUAUUUUUGCAGAUUUUGAAUACUUUAUUUUUUAAUCUUCAGUUUGCUCUUGUGAAUAUUCCUUCCUCUUCCUUUUCUAAAUGUUACUUUUAACACUUAAUGAUUGUUUUAAAAAUUAAAAUGAAAAAGAUUGUAUUUUUGUUAUGUUGCAUUGCUUUGCAGUUUGUGAAGAUUAGUGCUGUUUUUCAAAAUACACAUUAUUAUUUCAGUUUUUCUGUAUUGGUAAAGCUGAAAAUAGAAAAGUGCUGCUUUCUCUAAUUGAGUUUUUGCAUAAUAUUUUAAAACUAAUGUUGCUUUAAUAAUGCAAAAACUUAAUAUUUUCUUAUUUGUUUUUAUGCAGUUUUGUAUGCAGACAUUCCUGUUUAUUCAUUUUUAUUGUGUGUCCUAUAAUUGUAAUGCAUUAAGCUAAUAUUAAAUGGUAUUAUUAUUAUUAUAUAUAUAUGUCUUUAGUGAUUAUAAAUUGGAUAUUGAAUCUUUUGCCUUAAUAGUCAAGUGCUGUAUCUAAUUUGCAUAAGUUAACUACUUGUAUAUGCUUUACAAAUUAAUGCAGAAAAAUAUCACUUAAUGUUUAAUAUCUUCAAAUGCUAGAGAUUAGCUAGGAAUCUUGACUUCAAUUAAGAAUAAAAACCAUACACAUUUACUAAUUUUGUAUUAUUAGUAGAAAUAUCCAAAAAGCUUUAGGAUCUUUUUGUUGUUCAACCAUUUACCAUUUUAAUUCAGGUUGAAAAUAUUUGCUUAUUUUCAUACACUUGCAGCAUGAAUUCUGUAGGAUCCAGUAAUUUUCUGAUAGGAGCUUUUCUUCUAGUACAAACUUUACUGCUUUUUAGUACCUAACCUGUGUUACUGUUUUGAUGAUUUCUUCUCUGCUAUCUGUACUAAAGAACUGAUAAUAAUGAUAAGGUAAUAAGGAUAUUCUUCUCUGCUAUCUGCCAAGCAAAUGUGUUUUCUUUUGUUGGAUACAAGCGUUACUGCAGUAUGAGAGAACUUCCUAAAGAAAAGAUAAUAAGUCUUUGAGUUCAGACUGAAUUUUUCUGACAUUUAUUUUUCUUGUGCUUAGUUCUAUUAAGUUGCUCCAUAUUAAGGAAAAGAAUUUUUGUCUUCUUGCUUGAAUUGCAGUAAAAGUAUGAGCAAACAUUGCCUAAAGAAAUAUGUUUUCAACCAUAGUUAAUAAUUUUGCUGUUACCUCAUUUUCUCUACAUCAGGUGUAAAAUAGCUAAAAUUGUAAGUAUAUUGUCCUUGGUAUGAGUUUAGUGAUAAGUCAAGUUGCUGAUAUUUGAAUUCAAUUUUUGUUACCAGGUAUUUAUAAGUUAGUGAUUAAGAGAAAAUUUCGCGUUAUAGAAUUGCGUAAAGUGCUCAUAAUUUUAAAUAAUAAACUGGUAAAUAUCUAUGGUAUUCAUUCAUAUAUGGAAGCUACUACAUAUAUGGUAACUAUUAGGCUAUGGUAAUGGUAACUACAUGUAAACAUUAUAUACACUGUAAAUAUCUCUAUAUUUCUUAAAAUUUUUAUUUUUUCUUUGCAGAGUUGAAAGUAAAAUAUAAAUCUGUAAUUUUUUCAUGUUUUUAAAUUUAAAUUUUCCAUAUCGUAUGAAUUACAAAAACAUUAAGCAAAUUGCUUAUACUCUUGAUGCAUUAUUAAAUGUAACCAUCUUAUCUGUCCUCAUCUUUUCCCAGAAUAUGUAAUUGCAUUAGCUAAACUGAAGAAAUGAAACAAGCUCACCUACUGAAGUUCGUGGUUUUUUGUUACAAACGCUGCUAAAGUUUUGUCAACCCUUUCAUAAUGUAACUGCAAAAAAGUAUAAUUUGCAAGUUAUUUUUUAUAGUGCUUGGGAAAAUAUGCUGUUUUUUUAAAUCAACCUUGUUAUUGUUGAGAACUUAAGAUUGUGUGAAAUAUGAAAUUUUGAGAUACUUGGGUAAUUUUUGCCAUUUUUUUUUUUUUUUUUUUUUUUUUUUUUUUUUUUUUUUUUGUUAUUUCUGUACUGAUUGGCAAUACCGUAGCAUGAAUUUACAUCAGCAGUUAUGGUUUUUCUGCAUUUUUUUAGGUCAUACAUGUGUUGAUCACAGCCGUAAGGGUUAUGUUCAUCUGUAGAGAUUAUAUUUGAGGAAAAGUUGGCAAUUUAUUUUACACAAAUUAUGCAUAUUACAUGUUUAGUCAAACUGAUCUAUAGCUCUUAAUAAAGUUAUAAUCAGAAUGAUUUCCAAAAUCCCUAAAUAUUUUAAUUGCCUUUUCAUUAGCUCCAUCCCCCUUUCACUGUUAAAAUAGAACUUUGCUUAUAAUGUUUCUUGAGCAUGUAUUUUUAUUUUGUUAUUUUUCUUCACAGUAAAGCAAUUUAUUUUCUAAAGUGUUUUCCUUGGGCUGAUUCCUGUAAGAUAUGCGAUAAUGUCCUAAUCCUAAUUCCCUUUACCAUCUGAAAUAGUAUUUUUAAAUAAUGAAUUAUAGUUUUCCGUCAGAAAGUUAUUUUUAAAAUACCUAUGUAUUUGGUGUCCAGGCUAUCCUUUUGCUUUAUUAUUUUAACUGAAAUAUUAGAAACUGAUGAUAGUGGGAAUAUGCUUGAGAUUGCAAAUAUAGAAGUUUUAGAAAAGCAGUUUUAGCAAGAUAUUGCCAUAGCAAGCACAUGUGUCAAGUGAAUAUAAGUUCAACUGAUGAAGUUAUAAUUUGCUUCACAUGUGUUCUGUGUAUUCCAACUAUACAAUUUUAUUGCAAAUUGGUUAUAUCGAGGUAGACUUAUGUCCCAGGACAGAAAAUUGAGUAAUUGGAAAUAAGCAAUUCUUUCCUUUUAUCUAAAAUUUUCAAAUGGAAGCAAUGUUUUUAUCUUGCGGUUAAAAAGUAAAGAUGUUGUGUAUGGUGGUUAUGUUGUGCUUUAUGUUUUUGAUAAAUGCUUCAACUAAUCGCCAAAAAUUAUUUUAUUUGUAUCAUAUAUUUUAAAAAUUGGGCUUUGAUUAAGUAAAUUUUGUUGUUUUAAUGUAAAAAGAAUUAAAAUUCCAUUGUUAAAAUGGUUUAUAAAGGUGUCAAGCGAUCUUGGGUUUUUUAUCAACCUUUGUUCAUGUGCCAUUGAAUACAUUUCUAUGAAUCAUACAUAAUGUGUAGAUGAUUUAAUGUGAAGUCAUAUGACUAGCAUACUGGCUGAUAAUAUAACCAGAAACAAAAUCUGAUUGCUAAAUGUAUUUAUUUGCACUAUGCAUAAAAUUCAGAAAAUUAUGUUUUAAGUCUACUAAAUGCUUUUAUUUUUUGGCUUCAAUUCCAUAACUUUUUAGGUAGUAUAUAUUGAGAAUAAUUUUUUUUAGCCUGUUCAGGAAAAUUUUAUUAAUUUAGGUAGUACAAAAUGCCCUGCUUUUAUUUGCUAUUUUCAAAACAUAUUCAAAGCAUGCUGUAAAAAAUGCUACUCCUCUAGAUGGUAGUUGCGAAAACAUGAAAGGAUAUCCUUACGUUUUCUUUUAAAGGUCUAAAGUGAAUAAAUAAUUUACAAAGUUAUAUGUGCAAAAGCAAGACAAGAAAGUUUAUAUGAGUGUAUUCAUUUGCCAAGUGCUAACAAAUUUUGUAUUAAUGAGAAAGAAUAUAUUUUUAAAAGUGCUUAAAAAAGGAUGGGGAAAUAGACUAUGAAAGAUAGUAGAACAAAGCAACUGAAAAUAUGUAUAUGAAAGACUUUUUGAUGCUAUAGCUAGAUAUAAUUUAUCACUUUUUGUAAGGUAAAAUGAUAUGAGUCAUUCACACAGCCUAGUUAUUGAAUUUUGAAAAGUUUGUUACUGAAAUGUAUUGUUUCAUAAAUUUGAAAUCGUACAAGUAAAGUAUGUGUGCAAUAUUUAAAAAUGUCUACUAGGAAGUCAUUGAAAAGCUUUGUGAAUAAACCUUAAUAAUCCUUUAAAAUUUCUUGAAUAUAUUUUUGUGAAGGGGGCAUAACUAUGUAAAUAAAAAAAUUUUAGUAGAUUUUAAUGUGAUUUUGUGAACAAUGUUAAGUAAUUUGGUUGCAGUUAUGAGGUAAGAAAAGUGUACUAUAAACUGUUUUAAAUACAGAUUUGAGUUCUUACCUUUCUGAAAUAUUCCAGAAAUACACUUUUGUUAAUUUUUAAUAUUAAUGUUAUGUAUGCAUCGCUAGCUUUUCUUAAUAAGUAAUGAAAGUGAGUAAUUUUGUUUACAAGAACAACUAGAUACUGCUAGCAUCUAAUUUUUCAAGAACAUGAAAUGACUCUUUAUCAAAAUUAUAAGCUUAUAUGGAAAAUCAUGAUUUGUUAUUAAUGAUGUAUGUUUAUGUAUGUUGUGUGUUUGUGCAUUAAUGUGUGUGUAAGUACAUGAGAUGUGAGAAACUUAAUAAGGAAUUUGGCGAGUGCAAAAUAUUUGAAAACAGCACUGGAAAAGUUAUAAAAUUUAUUUGUGAUGUAGUUGCUGGCAGUAUGUCAAAAUGCAAUUGGAAAGCUCUGUGAGAUAUUUUAAACCUCCUGUUAAGGCAUGAUAAAUGUCAGUGGCAUACUUGCCUCCUCAUUGAUUUUUUCUCUUUUAAUAUAGAUUUUCUGUAAAAAUUUAUUUCUUCACUUUAUCUCUUCCCCCUCUCUCUUUUUACCCCUUCCCAUAUUGGUGGAACUCAGACCAACAAUACUUUUUUCAUUUUUUAUUUGUGGUUAUAGAACAAGCGUUCCAUCCAGUAGUUGUAGUAGUCUUUUUUGCUAUGAUAAGGAUUAUGUAUUUUGUAGAUGUAUAGUAUCAAGAUGUACUGUGAUUUGCAACUGCUAUUUUUUUCCUCUUUGAGGCAUUUGAAUAUAAAUAUGUUAUAUAAAACAACUUCAUUUUGAAAAGUAUGUUGUAAUAAAUAUAUAUUGUAUGAUUAUACAUCAUGUAUUUUUUUAUAUAUUUUUAUUUUAUAUUUCUGAAUUUUUUUUUAUGUACAUAGCACACUCCAACAAUUUACAAUUGUAUUAAUAUGGAGUUUAUAACUUUAAUAUACGUUAAGGCUUUAUUUUACAAUAUCUGAAGUUUUGUGCAAGAUGUAUUUAAUUUAUUGCUUUUUAGUAAAAAAUGUGUAAUUAAUUACAAAAAGUGGAAGUAAUACAAUUUUUGUCACAAAAGUACUGAGUAAAAUAUGUGUAUGCUUGGAGAAUUAAUAUAGGAAAUAUCCAUGCUAUGUGACUUGGUGAGCUUUGCAAAGCUACACACACACAUAUACAUUUACUCACUGUAAGAUUUUUCUAUGUGUGUGUAUAUGCACACAUAUAAUGUAUAUAUCAGUAAGUAUCUUUUCUAGUCAUAUUAUUGUAUAUUAUUUGAAUCAUGUGAAAAAAUAUUCAAUAAAGAAUUUUAUCGAUUAUACAUCAGUGUGUAUUUUUGUAUUUGUAAUUUGUAUAUUGUAAUGUUAUUAUUUUAAAUUAACCAGUUAUUACAAUUUUGGUCUUGAACUUCUUUUUUCAUAUUCUUCACCAAAAUGCAAAUUAGUUUUGAGUAUUUAAGUUGAGGUUUCUAUAUUUGAAACAGAGAGUUUGUCCGGUAUUUGCAUGUUAAGUGGUUAGUUUCUGCCAGUUCUAGUAGUUGUAAUUAUUCAGCUUGCUCGGCACUAUUACUCGCGUAUGAUACUUUAGAUACCGAUAAAUUUAUUGAACCAGCUUCUAGCUUAGUAUUAAUUGUGUGGGCUUAGACUGCUGUUCAAUGUUUAAUUUAAAUUAAAUGUUCUUAUUUGCAUCACCACGAGGUGUGACUAUUGUAGCACAAAAGUAUGCCUUUAUGGUUCCAAGUUCUAUGUAAAAAAAAAGGUGGUUUAUAACCAUAAAGACUUUGUCAUUUAUCUAAGAUAUGUGUUAACUCGCUUCAUGUCUGUUAGGGUUAUAGGUAUUUUACCAGAUCAAGCAUAACUAUUAAUUUUUACACAUUUAUUUAUUAAAAGAUAUAAUUAAACACAAUUUUAAUUCUUUUUCAAAUCUAUGUAUCUAUUUUAACAAAAUAAUGUAAUAAUUCAUACCAAAGACUAUUUCUUCAGCUGUUUGUCUAAAUUGUUAUAAUUAUCUAUGUAGAUGUGUGUGUGGGUACAUAUAUAUGUGUGUGUGUGUGUAAUUUGUGCACACACAAUACUUUUUACUGUAAAAUUAAAUUUUGCUCAUAUGUG